GGGGCGUUUUGAAAGUUUGAACCCUCUGCAUUUACCUCGCGGCGUUUCCUUCUUCGUUCCGCAUCCCUUCGCUAUCGGCGCGUUAACCCACCUCUCCAUCUUUCGGCCCCUCGGUUGGUUUCCGUCAUCCUCCUCCUUCCUUUCGCCGGAGUUCUGCUUUGCGGAGAGUGAAUCACUUUGAGAUACCAUACAGCGCCACCGGUAUAUCGGAUUUGCUGGAGAGAGAUGGACCGGCGGUUUUCGCGAAGCGUGCGGACGAAGAGCGGGGAGAUGGCAUCUUACCACGCAGGUGUUAGGGUUCGAAGACAGGCGGCUGCCUCGGCUUUGGAUUUUUCGACAGAGGGUCAGUUUGCGCCUUCUCAGCCUUUUUCUGGUCUUGUCAUUCCCAUAUUAUCUUCCCAGGAAACAGACAAAAUAUCCUAAGGUGGAUUUGCGUUCAACUUCAAGCGAGGACUCAACCACAGAAGAAGAUUUAUUUUCCCACGGGUUGCAUGGAAGAUUAUGCAAGAAAGUUGGCGGGACAGCAGUGAAUAAAAUAACAGAUGAAGUCGUAUCCAGAAUUGUAGAAAAGAGGCGGUCCUCUCCUAGUGUUAUUGCUAGACUGAUGGGUCUCGAUGAGCUUCCUCCUCCACAGGUAGUGCCUGAAUUAAAAAAUGAAAACGGGCAUUUCUUGCUCAAGAAAUCAUUUGCAAGGCUUGGAGACAAGUAUGAAUAUUCUGGGAGUCAAUCCUUUCAUGUGAGCAGAAGGCAGCACCAAAAUUUUAAGAUUGUUCAUGACCAUUUUGAUUCCUCAAAUUCGCAUAUUGACCAGGUGGCUCAGAAGGAGAAGCGGAAUUCAAAGCCUGACAUUGCUUUUAUAAAGCGGCAAUUCAUUGAAGCAAAAUCUUUAUCCACGAAGGAAGCACAUAAAAGAUCCAAAGAAUUAAGUGAUGCACUAGAUAUCAUGUUUGCAAACAAGGAUAUUUUCUUGAAAAUUUUCCAAGAUCCCAAUUCUUUAUUUGCUAAACAUUUCCACAACCUAAAGCAUUCAAAAUCCUCCGCUAAUACCAACCAUUUUAAGAUUUUAGAAUCUUCAGCUGGCAAGAGUGAAACAUUUUAUAGAUUAGUAGAAGAAACCAGGGAAAGUACACGAAAGAAGAAAGAUACCACACAUUGUUGCAAAAAACCAUGCACCAGCCUCUACAGCCACUCUACGUUUGAUCAUGUGGAUUCUCAUUUGCCCAUGUUGAUAAGAUCGCGAUACACAGGGAAAACUGAGAACUCACCACAUCCAAUUCUAACUUCUAUUGUCGUCCUGAAGCCAAGUGAUCAAAAGGCACCGAGCACAGGAAUAACCGAGUCAUUUCCAGGAUAUCUUCAAAAUUAUAAACUAAGUUCUAGUAGACACAAGGACUUUCAUCGAGAGCUUCUUGUUGAAAGAGGACAGCAGCAUCAAUUUUUUGAUGUCAAAACUAAAGGAUGCAACACGAAGGCAGCUAAUGAUGUUGCUAGUGAUAUUUCAAAUGAAGUAAAACAGUCUUUAAGAAGCUAUUCUGACGAGGAGCUCGCAAAGACUGAUAAAUUUAACUCUUCAUCUACUUAUUUGAGUGUACCAUCUCGAAGUAGGGAGGCCGUGAAAAGCCUUUCAGAGCAAUGGAAAACAACCAGGCCAUCUAGGCAGAGGCUAUUUGGUGAAGGAUCAAGCACGUUGGGUGAGAUGCUUUUCUUUUCUGGUAAGGAAACACCAAGAACUCUAGGUCAGCUUAUUUUAAAGAAAAAUUCACAUAAAAAGCUUGAUAAAAAAGAUAUACAUAGUUCGUGUUCUUAUCGUUCUGGUAUUAGCAGUAAUGAUGGUUGGAAAGAUGAGUGUGAUGAAUGGCUUCCUAGAUUUGAAGAUCAUCCAGAUUCAUCAGCUAUUUAUGGGUCAUCAAAAACUGAAAACAGAUGGCAAGUUGACUGCAUCAACGCUAUUGAGGAUUGUUGUAUGCUUAAAGAUGUGCUUAAUCUAGAGCGGAAUGAUUUGCAUAAUUCGAUCAUUGAAAGGGGACAUUCUCUGCUAAGAAACCUCAAGUAUGAUGAUAACAAGCCACAAUUCCUUAGAUCAUGUGGAGAGGAAAAUAGGAGACCUACAAGGGAGGUUGAAGGGUGCCAAGAUGAGUCUAGGAAUAUGAUUAAUCUAAAUAAUCUUGUAGAACCAAAACCAAUCUAUUUGCAGAGAAAAAUGGAUGACUUACUGCACCUAGUUUGCAAUUCUCCCAAUCCAAAGAAAUUGGAUUCAGAUAAAUCUUUCUUGACUAAUCCGAAAGAGUUUCAACAAUCAGCAAAAUUUAAUGAUCUUUCAGUCACCAUACUUAAAAAUGAAGUUCAAGAG